UUUCAAAAUCGUACAGGUAAACACAUUUCAACGAAUAGUGAAAGACGGUGCGCUGCACACAAAAGUGAAAGUAUGAAGUUUUUGAUCUUGUGCAUUUUUGUAAUGGUAUCAAUUUGCCAAGCGUAUCCCUAUUAUGAGCCAAUUGAAUAUGAUGGAUUUCCGGUCAAAGAAUAUGACUAUGGUUGGCCAGUUUAUAAAAGUAAAGGCUACUAUAAGAGCAUUGGCGCAGAGUUGAAAGAUUAUUGGAACACAUUCAAAGAAACAUUUUCGAUCAAAUAUAAAGAGCUAAAUGCACCCUAUAUUGUCGAGAAAAAGGUGCCUGUUGCAGUUCCCGUGCCCGUUGAACGAAUUCGUACAGUUUUCAUAAAACCCAGACCAAAAAUUAUUUAUCGGAAGAUAACAUUUUUUAAACCUCAUUAGUUUUGAAAUUUUAAAAUAUUGGUUUUUAAAUAAGAAAUAAAUACAAUGAUUCACAUGAAAUCAUAGAACUUCGCCUCAUCAGUUGAACCAAAACUAUACUUUAAGUGAGAUUAUUAUCAUUAUGUAAUUUAUUGCGUGCAUCUAAAUAAAAAAACGAAUAAUGGAACAAAUAACAA